UUUGCGUCACGUGUUUCCGCCCAGGCAAGCUUGGACAGGGAGAUUGCGAAACUGCAGUUGUUGUGGUGCAGUAAUGUCAAAGAUUUGCAUAACUAAACAUUCUGUUGUAAUGUUAUCCCUUUGGUGACUACUGCGGAUGGCUGUGUGUGCCAGGCUCUGCGGAGUGGGUCAGUCUCGGAGGUGCAGGCGGCGACAGCGGCAUAAUCAACAGGACCAGGGAAGCGACUCCGAUAUGGACGAGGAGGAAGGGGAGCGGAUUGUGGGUGAGACACAAUCCGUCACCGGCGGCCCGGAAAACUCUGCCGCGGCAAGGCCGAGUGUGGCCCAUGAAGCCGCUGCUGACAGUGCAAGCACCGGACCACCGAACCCGCAGUCCCUGUUGGAUCUGCCCCCAGAGCUUUUGGUGGAAGUAUUCUCAUCGCUCCCGGGCACGGAGCUACCAAACCUGGCCCUCGUCUGCAAGAAAUUCAGGCAAAUUCUCAACACGGAAACCAUCUGGAGAAGGCGAUGCACGGAGGAGUUUGGAAUGAGGGAGGACUUGCGCAAGAUGGAUGUGGUGGGUGUGUCCAGUCGGGAGCUCUAUGCCAAACGUGUGAACCCUCGGGCGAAGUCUGUCCGCUUUAUGAAGCUCCUACCGGACUUCGAGCACAUGGACUACAGGGACGUGUACAGGCACUUGCUGCACCCAUACAGACACAUCCUGGGUCUUUGGCAGCCUGACAUAGGCCCGUACGGAGGGCUGCUCAACGUGGUGGUUGACGGGCUGUACAUCAUUGGCUGGAUGUACCUGCCCCCCCACGACCCUCGGGUCGAGGAUCCCAUGAGGCGGCGGCCGCUCUUCCGCAUCCACAUGUGGGAGAGCAACAAGGUGGCGGUAGAGUGCAUGUACGGACACAAGGGCCCUCACAAGGGGGACAUCCAAACUGGGAAGAAGGAUGAGUUCUCGACUAAGUGCAACCAGACAGAUCAUCACCGCAUGCCAGGGGGGAGGCAGGAGGAGUUCCGCACAUGGCUGGAGGAGGAGUGGGGGAGGACACUGGAGGACAUCUUCCAUGAGCACAUGCAGGAGCUCAUUCUUAUGAAGUUCAUCUACACAAGCCAAUACGAUAACUGCCUGACGUACCGGCGGAUCUACCUCCCCCCCCGGAUGCCCUCUGACCUGCUGCAGCCGGGCCUGUUCAAAGGCACCUAUGGCAGCCACGGCCUGGAGAUCAUCAUGCUCAGUUUUCAUGGGCCCUGCGCCAGGGCCACCAAGCUUACUGGGGACCCCAAUGUCCCAGCAGGCCAGCUAACGCUUGACGUGGACCUGAACCGGCCUGUGUGCCUGCCGGACCUGGAGCACCAGCGCAGCAUGGAAGAGCUGUCUCGCCUGGUGCUGGGGGUGCACGAGGAGGCGCAGCGGGAGGUGCAGAACCCAGACGUGGCCCCCCAGGGAGCUGCUUCAGAGGGGGCUGUGGCUGGUGGUGCUGGGGCAGCGGUACUGGAGUCGGCUAUGGAAGCCCAGUCAGAGAGCCCCCAGCCUGCGUCCAGUAGCAGCAGCAGCGCUCCCUCGGAGGCCCAGCCUUUCGUCCUGCCUCUGGGGGUCAUGACCCGCAAUGAGGUUUACCCCCGAACCUGCAAGAUAUGCUUCUACGGGACGGGCCUGAUUGCCGGCCAUGGCUUCACAAGUCCGGAGCGCACACCGGGCCUGUUUGUCCUGUUCGACGAAGACCACUUCGGCUUCAUCUGGCUAGAGCUCAAGUCGUUCAGCCUUUACAGCCGCCUGACGGACCGGCUGGCCCACGCCUAUGCCCCCGACAUGGAGCGCUUUGAGGCCAUGCUGCGCAACAUGCAGUCUUGGACAUCCUGAUGGGGCAGACAGACACACGCUUACCUAAACCCCCUACACACAUCCCGAGUGUUGACCGCACAUGGAAAACAUUUGGGAACCUAGUUGUAACCUAUAACUAAGGCCCGUUGUUUCUUUCUGAUCAGGUUAUGUGGUUAGGCAAAACUCUUGGCCUUAAUUAUCACUCAUGUAUGUAUAUCUUUCCCAUAUAGAACCUCAAAAUGCUUACACACAGAAAAUACCCAUAUUUACAACCCCUGUAGAAUCUCUCUCUACUCUACACAGCUUCACAAUCCCAAAUCACCUCCACACUGUCCCACACAUUUCUGGCCCUGGCCAGAAACAACCUUUUGCCCUACCCCCUAGGCACCUGAAGUAUCCUUGCUCCCUGUACCAUGUUUCCCCUCUUUUCACCUCCACACGACAUCGGUAUCUCUGCUGCGGCAUACCCAGAGGUCAAGGCUUCCUUAACAGCUUCUUGUUAUUAAUUUUUAAACCAGAGAAGAGGAUAUUACUUUUCAUCCCACAAACCCCGGAACAAACGCUCCGUGCCUCUGAGUCUUAAUGUAUACACCAUGUCUGUAUUGCCUAAUGCUACAGUGCCUUGCAAAGUAUUCAUCCCCUUGGCGUUUUUCAUUUUGUUGAUUUACAACCUUUAAUUUAAAAACAUUUUUAUUUCGAUGUCGUAAUUGACAUGCAGAAAAUAGUCAAAAUUGGGAAAGUGAAAUUAAAGAAAUAGGUUGAAUUUAUUUUUUAUUAAAUAACAGAAAAGUGGUGCGUGCAUAUGUAUUCACCCCCUUUGCUAUGAAUCCCCUAAAAAAGAUCUGGUGCAACCAAUUACCCUCAGAAGUCACAUAAUUAGUUAGAGUGUACACAAGUGGACUUUAUUUAAGUGUCACAUGAUAUCAGUAUAUAUACACCUGUUCUGAAAGGCCCCAGAGUCUGCAACACCACAAAGCAAGGGGCACCACCAAGCAAGCGGCACCAUGAAGAC